GUUCACCCUCAGAUCGUUGUCUAACUAUCUUCCUUCAAAUAAUUUCUCCCGAGUCACAAUUCUCCCAACUACCAAUAAUGUAUGAAUCCUACCGCCCACAUCCACUCCUGGCACAAGUUCCCCUGACCGUCUCUCCUUUCAUCAACCUCCCUUCCUCAGUCACCCUUCCUUACACCUACAAAUCACUUCCCUCCACACUUCCGGCAUCCGUAACAGUCGACCCUAGCAAUCCUGAGACUAAACCCCGCUAUGUCGUCUCCGCGAGCGGUGAGCACGCUGCAUCCCCCGAGGAAAUCCUAGCGUCGUGCAAGUCCCUUGAAGAACUUCUCAACAAGAACCGCACGGAUGCGGAGAAGGCCAUACAAAAUUGGGAGGAGUCCAUUGUGCAGCGCGACCUCGCGGAGAAGAGACGAGUUGCGCCCGGGUGGUUGGACCGGGAAGAGAAGCUUCUACAGCCGAGCAGAUCUAUGGCGAGCCCAAGACCCUCGGGACAACCAGAGCACAGCUUGCUGGACAGCUUAUCUACGGAUCCAGAUGCGUCGAAGUUGCCAUCGAUGAAGCCGCGCGACGAGGGUGAGGAGCUGGAUAGAGUGUUUGGUGGGCUGAACGUAAAAUGAGUGGUCUCGACCAAUUGAGCGUCAGGUACGAUCACCACCCUUGACGUGGCAGUGUCGUUUAGCUUCCUCUGCUGUGCUGUGCCCCAUCAGGGAAAGUCACCGAUUGGACC